ACCACCUCAAAGACAGAGACGAGGAAACAUGUUGUGUCUGAGGGGUUUCACCGUUUUCUUCUCCUUCAUGGUCCUCCUCAAUGUCCAGUCAAGCCAUGGCUCUGAGAUUAUUGGUGGGAACGAGGUGCUGCCCCACUCGAUGUCUUUCAUGGCUCUGCUGCAGAGCAACAAACCGAUCUGUGGAGGGAUACUGAUCAAUCCAUCGUGGGUCCUGACUGUUGCCCACUGUAAAAAUAUCAAGAUGGUGUUGCUGGGGGUGCACUCCAUCAAAGCAAAUGAAAAGAAAUCCAGGCAGGUCCGAAAGGUUAAGAAGUCAAUUCCUCAUCCCUCCUACAAUGCAAAAGAUUUUGUCAAUGACCUCAUGUUGCUCAAGCUUGACAAAUCGGUGAAGCAAACCAAGACAGUGAAAUAUCUCAAGUUGGGUAACACUGUCAGGGAUCCAGCAGCUGGCAGCAGCUGUCUGGUGGCUGGAUGGGGGAAAACGAACAACGCUGUCAAAAACAUGUCAGACGUCCUCAUGUCUGUCAAUGUGACUGUGAUCGACAGAGUGAAGUGCAACUCUCCCGACUACUACAACCGCAAACCUGUCAUCACCAGUGGCAUGAUAUGUGCUGGUUCAGACGGCAAAAACCAUGCCGACAGCUGUCAGGGUGAUUCAGGAGGCCCGCUGUUGUGCAGUGAAGGUCUAAUUGGAGUCACUUCUUUCGGAAAGAAGUGUGGCCUGAUUAAAAAGCCCGGGGUGUACACUUUCCUCUCAGAAAAACAUAUCAACUGGAUCAAAAAGACAAUGAAGAAGAAAUGAAAUAUAAUCAGCCCCCACUGUUAAUGAAUUUGUAUUUGCAAAUUUACCACUUCUAUCUUUGGACUUCUUUUGUGCUCUAUUCACUUUAUCCUAUAAUUCAUGUGAUAGAUUUACACUCUUCAUAGAUAUCUGCGUCUGCUGCAAUAAAACAAGACAUAACA